GCAUGCGCAGUAAGCAGCCAGCCCAAUCCAGGAAAGACAUGGGAAUCGAGAGCUCAGCAUUUGUUGCCAGUCCCUAGUUGCCCUUGAGCUGAGCGACUCUUGGGGCAAAUCUAGAGGGCAGUUAAAGAGUCAACCACAAUGCUAUGGGCCUGGAGUCACAUGCAGCCAAAACCAGUUGUCGGCGUGGCGUUGAGGAAAUCCGGAUGUUUCAGUGACAUCAGCAGGGCUGGGUCGGGCACUCCGCUGCUCACAUUUCAAUCCCCCAACUGCAGCGCAGUUUCAAGCCGCUUCCGGGACCUCUUGCACAACAAUGCAGCAAGCGGCUGAAGAUUGCGGCUUUGGUGACUGAAGAGGCCAAACCUUCCUCUUGGUCGGGAUUUAUUUGUCGACAAACAUGGAACAUGGUCUGAGCUCUCUCAAGCAGUUUGCCCUCCCCGUCGGCCAGCUGGCUUCUUGGAUUGCAGCGGUGGCAAUGGUGUUUGGUGGUGUCGUGCCCUACAUUCCUCAAUACAGGGAUAUCAAGCGCACACAGAAUGCAGAGGGGUUCUCCAUCUAUGUCUGCUUAGUGCUGCUUGUGGCCAAUAUAUUGAGAGUAUUAUUUUGGUUUGGAAGGUACUUUGAACCACCCCUUUUAUUACAAAGUAUAAUCAUGAUCAUUACCAUGUUGGUGAUGUUGAAGUUAUGUACUGCUGUUCGUGUAGCCAGUGAACUCUCAACACGACGCCGUGCCUUUACAGACAAUAAAGAUGAAGAAGUCAAAACUCCUAGGAAGUUCUUUCUGGACUUUGACUUGCAGUACUUCUGGCUGUGGAGCAGAUUUAUUGAUUACAUUCAAUGUGUCUUGGCUUUCACUGUUGUUGCUGCAUACAUAACCUACCUCCUUAUUGAUUCUUCACUCUUUGUGGAAACACUUGGCUUCUUCGCUGUCUUUACUGAAGCAAUGCUUGGCACACCACAACUGUAUCGCAACUACGAGAACAAAUCAACAGAAGGAAUGAGUAUUACAAUGGUGCUGAUGUGGGCGAGUGGUGACACUUUCAAGACCGCUUACUUCAUCCUGAACCAGGCUCCUUUCCAGUUUUGGAUAUGUGGAUUGCUGCAAGUGUGUGUUGAUAUCACAAUUCUCUUUCAAGCUUACUAUUAUGAUCGUUACCCUCAAAAACCGUCUUCCCACACUGUUCCUUCCACAAGCACCAAGGCACUUUAACUAUGGCUCUAUUCAACGAGUGCACCAAAUGACCAAUUCCUGGAAAGAACAUUCAAGCCAUGUUGUUGAACCAUAGCCAAUAUCUUUUAUCCUGGUUUACCACAUGCUGGAAGGAUUUCAAAGUCACUUUCUGGUAAAGGGAUUUAAAGCAUUUGAACUGUUGCUGAAAUGUUUAUGGUAAUUUAUAUAUUUUUCUAUUUGCAUAACUCAGACCAAUGUUUUUGGACACGUUUACAUAAAUGCCUUACAUGUUACUGUUCCUACAACUUUGUUUUUCUUCCUGAUGUUUAUUCUUUAUGUCACCUGCUGUAACACUCUAAUGUAACUCUGUUUCAUGGCUGUAUUAAGAGUUUGAAGUGUAUAUCGAUGUGCUAUAUCCAAGGAGAAUAUUGUGUUCAAAAAUCAUUUUAAAAAUGGCUGAACUUUGAAAAAGCUGUAUUCAAUACAAGGAAGGACAUAUAACGUUCAAACUUGUCUUCAGACAGCAACUGAGUGGAGGAGGAUUUGGAAGCAAGAAAUGUCUGUUUAAUUUGAUUUAUGGUUGCUCUGUAAUGAUGACACACACCGGAGCUCGGUCUAGUAUUCAUCAUUGUAUUAAGAUGGAGUAGAUUGGUGAGAUUUAAACUUGUGAUGCUCGUAUUUACAACUGUGCUGAAAUCAGAUGCUUCUCCACAAGGAAAAAGAAUCAGAAGCAGGAAAAACUGCCCUUCAGAACAAGCUGCUUCAGAGUAAUAUCGGUAGGAAUUUCAGGACAGUUUUGAAUGGCAUGAGAAGAAGAGCAGUUUUUUUAAUAUAAAACAAAAUACAGAUCAUUCUUAGCAAGGUAAGAGGUUAAAUAGUGGUCCUUUGCAAAAUAAAGUGAGAGCUGGCUUUUAGUGCAAAAGUGCAUACUGAUAAUACACAGUGAUGCUGACACUUGCACUUGUUUCUUCAUGGUAUUUAUUAUUACCCAGUAAUUUAGUACAAUGAUGUCUGAACCAUUGUUAAUCACAGAUAAGAGUUCAUGUUUCACUUGCACAACAUUCCCCCGCCCUGAACAUUUAAAUCAGUCUGAUUUGAAAUUACCUGCAUUUAAUAUACAGUUAACAUGCUUAUGUAAGCAGCAUUGUUUCAAGAAAGCAUUUAUAAGUCAAUAACAAAUUAAAAGGCACAAAUCUCAUUUAAUAUUUGCUGUUCUGUGGAUUACCCUAUGGGUGGUGAGUUCCUGCCUCCUUCAAGUCAGUUGAGUUCUUAAUAAAAUCAGCAUGCAUUUAAAAUAAAUGCACAGAUAUUACUUUGGUACCCACAGCAAUCGUGCAGAGAAGGCCUGGGAGGCAGGAAAAGUCUAUUUAAUUUGAUUAUGGUUAGUCUGUAUGGAUGAUACACAUUGGAACUGGGUGUAGUAUAUUAAGAUGGAGUAGAAAGGUUUCUAACAACCUGAAUUUAUUUUAAUAAUCUACCUACCACUGGCAUAAAAUUCAGUGCAGUUAAUCCAGAUCGUUGAAUUCAAUUGCUAUCCUUCCUUGUUGCCUUUUAAAAACAGUACUUUCUAUCUGUGUAUGGUGAAUCCAUCCCUAAACCUGCUUACAUUGUUAAACCCAAGUAAGUGAUCAGUCAUUGCCCUGUUUUAACUGUAACCAAGCCCCUUUUAAUUUAGAUUUAUGUAGAAAUUGUUGAUGUGACAUAACUUCUGAUCAUUGUACAAUUGUAUUUAUCUGAAACUUUUUGUUUACAUACGUAUUUGUUAUUUUGCAUUUGUAGGCAGCCAGCAAUCUGAAAUUAUCCUUAUGACACUGAAGUUAAUAGGGCAUCAUUACAACUAAUAUACAGUGGCUGGGAGAAAAUUGACUGAAACCUAUAAAUAAUUUGGUAUAGCUGAAAUGGAAUAUUAAGCCAACCAUUAGGUUAGAGGAUGAUGCUUUGGCUCCGAAGUAUACCCAGUAAGGUAAAUAGAUUUAUCUAGUUUGUAACUAUAAUUCUUCCUGUUUGCUCAGCAGCUUUUUCAGUUGAUUGUUAUGAAAUAUUUUGCUAUUGAAUGACAACUGUUUUGGUCUUUCUGAUCCACAGCUGAUUGCCAUUUUUUGCUUUGGGCCUAAGUGACCUUACAAUUAAGUCUAUGGUGUUUGUCCGAUAAGCAGUUGUCUGGUAUGUUUUUAUGCUCAGCAAAAUAUAUGUAUAUAUUCAAGACUGGGGAGUUGCUGUAUGCUGAUAUUUCUACUUUGAUUAUCAAACAAGCUCAAUUUUCUUAAAUAGUUUUGAAGAAUAUACUUUUUGAAACUCAAGAAUAAUGAAUUACUACAUUAUCAGUUGACUGAAGUGUGAAGCUCCUGGAAAAAACUACCUAUCACUUCCACUCUGGUGAGCAAGUCUGUCACUUUUUUUGUGAUUUGAUCAAACCUUGUGUAUCUUGCUGGUCCAAACCUUGCUACACAUCACCAUUUUAAAACUGAAAUGAGUCUAUUCGGGUAUUUUUUGCCCAGGCUGUGGGCCGUGGGGGUGGUACGGUGGCUCAGUGGUUAGCACUGCUGCCUCACAGAGCCAGGAACCCGUGUUCAAUUCCAGCCUUGGGCAACUGCCUGUGUGGAGUUUGCACAUUCUCCUGGUGUCUGUGUGGGUUUCCUCCGGGUGUUCCGGUUUCCUCCCACACUCCAAAGAUGUGCAGGUUAGGUCGAUUGGCCAUGCAAAAUUACCCGUAGCGUUCAGGGAGGUGUAGAUUAGGUGGAUUAUAAGGGGAUGGGUCUGGCUGGGAUGUUCCGAGUUUCGGCGUGGACUUGUUGGGCUGAAGGGCCUGUUUCCACACUGUAGGGAUUCUAUGUGUGCUGUGGCAUUAACGGGCAGUGAUAAGUUUUAUGUGACUUAUUGUUUUCAAUUAGCAAGCAAAAAUUACAAAAUCCCUUUGUAUCAGCUUAUCAAUCCAUGGGUGUGAUGAUGUUUGAUUUUGUAAUGUUUAUGCAAUUUUGUUUUUGCCCAUUUGGUGUUCAGUUAAUUGGUUUCGGAGGCAUAUGCUGUGGGAAGAGAGUAAAAAGGUCUAAUACUUCACAGUUUGUAUUGGAACUGUUGGAUGUGUUUUAUUUCCAGGAUUACUUGGGUUAUGUAGGAAAUGUUUCUUUACACUGUUUUUUAAAUUCAGACUUACAUUUGUGGACAUUUAUUUAAAAAUAUUGAAGAUUACUGUUAUUUUGUAUUGUUCUGUCAACUCCACCAAACAAGUAAAAAGACUCUAAAUUGCCAAAUGAAGGCAGGUGACUGCACUUAACCAGCAAAAGGAAUGUUCUUCAAUACUAUAACCAGCCUUCCCUCAAACUUUUUGGUAUGGGCUACCAUUCAACAUCGUGGUUGGAGGCAAAGUAAGAGAAUCAAAAGAAGUCUGCACAAGACUACAUGUUAAAAAUGUAAAUACGUACGCUGGUCUAUCAUGUGCAUCUCUGUUAAACUAAACCUUAAAGAAGAAUAAACAUUUGGAAUUGUGCAAGUUGGAUUGUUGUAACUUUUAUAAAAGAAAAUUUGUCUUCACCUCUUAAAUUGUGGGCUUGAAUAACAUCUUCCUUAUGUUCAAUUAAAGUACGGGUAGUUCUGCUAUAACGCAUGUUUUGCUAAUGCAAAUUGGCUGCAACACGAUUGAUGAAUAGUGGAUGCUGUUUGGAUAAUGCAAACUUUCUGCUGUAUAGAUAUAGCGUUUUUUUUCCCUAUAGCACGAGGUCACACAAGAGCACAACUAUCAUGUUAUAGGAGAGCUGCCUGUAUGUAAAGAGGUACAGCUGUAAUUAAAGUUGACUUGAAUCUACGUAAAGAUUGU